UUGGUGGCAUGUUGUUGUCCCUCCCUCGUUAUCUAAAAUUUUUAUUUUUAAACCGAAGCCAAGUGCCAAAAUCAACUGCUGAAUUCUUACUUAUGUGGGUGAAAUGACUCUCUGAAACAUUUGUGAAGUUUCUUAAAUAAUAAUGACUGCUCCAGAUUGUAGAGUUUCUGAUUACAUGCAAGUGUUUUGUUCAUGGAAAAGUGCCUCAAAAAGUAUAGCAGAUUGUAUCAAAAUUCAGAGGAAUAGUUCCAAAGUUUCCUUAGAUGAUGUCGUUGACUUUGAAAGAUGCAUACAAUUAUUUGCAAAUGAUAGUUCAGGAUUUGCACCUUGCACAAUCAAUUUUAAAUUGGAAAAUAACUGGAUGAUCACCAAAAUUGCCAUAGCUUCUGAGGCUAAAAUAUUUGAACUUUAUGGCUCAGGGGAGGAGUACAUAGGGACUCAUCAUGCUGAAUAUAUCGAUACUAUCGAAGAUAUGGAAGUAUUCUUAACUGAAAUGGAUGUUGCUCUAGCCAAUGAAUGUACAUUGAAGCUUGCCAAGACAAAAAAUAGAAACUGUAUGUGGGUAUAUGGAAUUUACAUCUCAGUUGCUGAGUUGAACCCCAGUCCAACGAAACCAGGAUUGGACCUAAAUAAAGUAGAAGAACGUUUGAAAACGUCAAGCCAACCUUUGACGGACAAAGCAUUCAAAUGUAAAGAAUUUUUGAAGAUGUACAAUUCAAACUUGCCUAGUAUAUCACACACUAAAGUUCCUGAUCCAAUACUCAUUUUAAAGAUGUUGGAAGGUGAAUUUCUGAGUUCCUUGCUCUCUCAAUCAGAUAGUUCUAAUGGAACUAGUCCGUUUCCCCUUAGCUCUCUUCUGUCUAAAGAUUCUCACCACACCGCUUCCUCCGAACGAAGAAACAGCCAUUCUUCUGCUCAAGAAAGUGGCCUUUGCUCUGAAAAUGAAUUUGCCAUGGCACAAACUGAGUUAAAGUAUUAUUUGGAUAAGAAAAUGAUGAUGCUUGAAAAUAAGUUGACGGCGAUGAUAAAUUGUAAACUCAAAUCAGUAGAAGAAAAAUAUUCAUCAAAAGUGGAUAAAAUUCUUGAUUUACUAGAAAAAAUGAACUGUGUUCCUGAAUAAUAAAUUAUUUACUUUGCCUCACA